AUGGUCCCUUCAUCAUCUGCAUCAAGGCUUUUGACCUCCCUUACCCUCCUCCUCCUCUUCCCCUGUCUUGUGACGAAGGUCUCUGUAUCUGCCGCGGAAGUGGAGGCAGUGAUUGCAGAGGAUGAACCCUCCGGAUACUGCUCCGCUUCGAUGGUGCGGGAGUACGAUGCUUCUGCACACGAACCCUCCUACACCAUCGGCGUGCUUGCCAUUCGAGGAGAGGACCAGGCGUACAAUGAGUGGAACACCACAUUUGGGAGCUACCUGACGGCAACGGCGGGGCGACGCUUCGAUCCACCGAUUCGAUUCUCCAUGAAGCCCUUGAGCCUGGGAAGUCUCUUUGAAGAGCACAGGCAAGUCGACUUUAUCUACGUCAAUCCGUCGGCAUUCUCCUGCAUUGCCUCGGAGCAUGGAGCCCAGAGUUUGGCCUCCCAGAUCUCGAGGCGCAAUGUGGAUGGCAAACAGUAUGAUCUAGUCAAAUUUGGAGGAGUCAUUGCAACCUUGGCAAACAGUACCGUAAACACACUCCAAGACCUCAAGGGCAAGAUUGUUGCAGCAGCUUCCAUUAGUGGCCUGGGAAGUGGCCAAAUGCAAUUUCGAGAGAUGCAAAAGGCAGGACUAAGCUACAUCAACGAUCCGAAGCAGCUUGUGUUCACCUCCAAUCAGGGAAAGGUGGUCAAGGGCCUUUUGUCGGGCCAAUUCGACGUUGGCUUUAUUCGAACCGACCAGUUGGAGCGCUUCUCUCAUAGUGACAAAGACUUGGAUACCUUCUUGAAAAGAUUCAAAAUCGUCAACCCACAACCCAACCUAACCCUCGAGGAUGGAAUGGUGUUCCCAUUCGAGUCAAGCACAAUGUUGUACCCUGAGUGGAAUGUGGCCUCUUUGAUGCAUGUGGAUGAGGAGGUGUCACGUGCCGUGCAGGAAUCACUCACUGCUCUAGCAGAACAUGCUUCCGUGGGACAGGCAUACAAUGACUGCCUCAAGGAAUACGGACCAGCCUUCUGUAGUGACUUGCCUUUUCCAGGUCAGUUUGCUCUAAAGACAAGAAGUGACACCACACUGGAGAUUGCUCAGUUGGCAUACACGGGCAUGGUCCAGGGAAAGUACGCGGGAUGGCGGACCACAUUGUCCUACAUGGAUCUACGAAGUAUGCAAGAAGGAACUGGAUUCCUUCGCCUUGAUGAAGAAUCUCACCAGUGGCGAUGCGUGCGAUCAAAAGAGCUCUACAAUGCAAUUACCUGUCCAGAUGGUUUCUUCCGCAAAACACCGCAGCAGGUGCAAGAAGGAUGCUCCGGCGCGGGUCUCGAGUGUCCAGAAGGAAUGCAAUGCGUCUGCCAACCUUGUUUGAAGGGUUUUGACGUCGAUGUGUAUCCAAUCACUUCUACAAACAAUGGUGUAAGCAAUGUAACCCAAGGAAUCGGCAACGGAUGUGCCAAGAUGAGUCUCUGUGGCGCCACCCUCCAACGAAAGCCCCUAAAGUUCCGGGCCUUCGACAACCUCAAGCGUGCUGAUCUCGAGAUAACCGUAUUGCUUCAUGAAGGCCAAACAUCUCGGGAAGUACCUGUUGUCAUCGAUUCUGCCGCGAACCAUACCUUUGAAUUUACUCUUGCAGCUGAUUUGGUUGGUGUAAUGACAUUGGAAGUCUUUGCAAAUGGACAACAGAUACCAGAAUCCCCUUUGCGAGUAUUGGUGGAGGACCGAGCCUGCGAAGAAGAGUUCGGUGAAGAGUUCGAGGCCACCAGUUCUGGAGAAUGUGUCUGCAAAGGGUCUCAUGUAACUUUGAAGAGUGGCUGCGUCGCCUACUCGAUACUGCUCCCAGCAAUCAUCGUUCCUAUUUGUGCGCUGAUUGUGGCUGCCUCGUAUUGGUAUGCGAUCAAGAAACAGAAGGAAGCGGAUGCUGUCUGGCGUGUCAACCCCAAGGACCUCGUGUUUGCGGAGCCUCGGGUUGUAUUGGGACAAGGCACCUUCGGACAGGUUCUCUUGGGAGAGUAUUUCGGCACCAAAGUUGCCAUCAAACGGGUCUUGCCGCCCAAGAAACGCGGGAAGACAUCGGGGAAUGCAAGUGGUGCUCGUAUUUGUUGGGAGGGCCAAGACGUCGAAACUGGCAAGCCGCAGAGCAACCCAGUUAACGUUGGUAUGGCAUCGGCCGACUCGGUGGUGAUGGAAUCGAUGACGGUGGAUAAAGAUAGAAAACUGGCUGACAAGAAUAUGAGAUCAUCCUUCGGAUUGAUUUCCGGUUAUCAAGUCGGCACUGAAGCCAAUAGGUACUUGCGAAGCGACGUGUACAAGGGCAGCCAAUUCACACCCAAGACCACAAGUCUACCUUUUUUGGGUGCUUCCACGGCGAAGCAUAACACGCUCAAGCAAGAUUUUAUCCAGGAAAUGCGUCUCCUCAGUUCUCUGAGGCACCCAUCCAUCACAACAGUGAUGGGGGCAGUCAUCGACCCAAAAUCGGAACCUAUGCUUGUUUUAGAAUACUUAUUGAUCACCAGCGGUUUCAGAGCAAAGGUCAGCGACUUUGGACUGAGUCAAAAGAAAAAGAAUGCCAAGGCGAUGGGAACGCCAUACUUCAUGGCUCCAGAGCUGUUGCGAGGCGAAGCCGAAGCUUCUCCUGCGACAGACAUUUACAGCGUAGGCAUCAUCCUGAACGAACUAUAUUCGAGAAAGGACCCUUAUGAAGGAGAAGAUUGCCACACCGUUUUGACCAAGGUUUGCGAUCCGAACAUCAGCUUACGCCCCCCCAUCCCACCUGGUUGUCCAAAAGAGAUCACACAGAUGAUGAAAUUAUGUUGGAGCGGAAACCCUACGAAAAGGCCAACUGCUGAAGCAUUGGAUGAGCGCUUGAAGCUUUUCGAUGUCGGCAACGUCCAACCAGGUUCCAUGCCACUAUCACACCACAUCCAGAAUCAGGAGCGCAAGACCAUAUCUAAUGAGGACUUCCUCUACAAAGUUUUCCCCCAAAAAAUUGCCGAUUCUCUCGUGCGAGGUGACAAAAUCGAACCAGAAUCCCAUGAUUGUGUCACCAUCUUCUUUUCCGACAUUGUUGGCUUCACUACGAUUUCUUCCACUUGUUCGCCUCUAAAAGUCUCUGAUAUGCUGGAUCGACUAUAUGUAGCCCUGGAUGCCUUGACGCAGAAGCACGAGCUGUUCAAGGUCGAAACCAUUGGCGACGCCUUUAUGGCCGUUUCAAAUCUGAUUGAGGACCAGUCUUGGGACCACGUGAAGCGAGUUGCUGAAUUUAGUUUGGAAGCCAUUGAAGCAGCUUCCAAGAUCUCUGUCGACUUGGAUGACACCUCCAAGGGUUUUGUAGAGAUUCGUUGUGGAUUCCACUCGGGUCCUGUGGUGUCCAAUGUAGUUGGCUCUCUUAAUCCAAGAUAUGGGUUGUUUGGAGACUCCGUCAACGUUGCCAGCCGGAUGGAGAGCACUUCCCAGCCUGGGCGAGUCAACUGUUCAGCGGAAGCAGCAGAGUUGCUUAUGAAGCAGGCCCCACAAAUCCCAUUGAGGAAGAGGGGUGAAAUUGAAAUCAAGGGGAAGGGGCUUAUGUCGACCUACUUUGUAGGAAGACGAGCGUCUGUCAAGGUGUAG